AGGCGAAAAUGGAAGCUGUCUCUCACUAAACCCUAGUACCCUUCUCUGCUUCCCUCUCACCUCCUCCUCUCUCGGCCUAUCGAACCAGUGAACAAAUAUGUCGAUUCCUUGUCUAACGGAAGAGACGGCCAAAACGGUUCUGCGCCAGGUGGAGUUCUACUUCAGUGAUAGUAAUCUCCCCAUUGAUGAUUUCCUCAAGAAGGCGGUCACAGAGAGUGAAGAUGGCUUGGUUAGUUUGGCGUUGAUAUGUUCCUUCAGUAAGAUGAGAGUAUAUUUGAAGUUGGGUGAUUCCAAAGGAGAUGAGAUUCCUGAAGAUACGAUCAAAGCUGUUGCUGAUACUCUUCGAACCUCUUCAGCUCUCAAGGUUUCAGAAGAUGGGAAAAGGGUAGGUAGGAGUACAGAAUUGUUGAAGCUAGAAGAUUUGAUUGAAAAACUUAAUGCUAGAACAGUGGCUGCUUCACCAUUCUCGUAUGAUGUUAAAAGGGAAGACGUGGAAGCCUUUUUCAGUCAGUAUGGACAGGUUAAUAGUGUGAGGAUGCCUCGUCAUGUAGCAGAGGCAAGAAUAUUCUGUGGAGUUGCCUUGGUUGAAUUCCCUACAGAAGAGGAUGCCCAAAAUGUUAUGAAGCAAAAUUUGGUCUUUGCUGGUCUCGAGCUGGAGCUGAAACCAAAGAAAGAGUUUGAUGAUGAAAGGGAAAAGGAUGAAGAAAAGUUUGCUGAUUACCGUUCUCAAAAGAGUUCUACAAAUCAGAAGAACGGUUCUGAUCAUAAGAACAGUUCUGAUUAUGAGGCAAGUUAUCCCAAGGGUUUAAUCAUUUCAUUCACUCUCAAGCGCUCAGCUGAAGAGGCUACCGCGAAUCAAAACAGUUCUGAGGAGCCAACCGAUAAGACAAUGGAUGAAAGUGAAUCAAAACGAGCAGAUAAUCCUGAUGCUGAUAAAGAAAACACUGAUCAAGUUCAGGGCCAAGGAACAGAGGGUGAAGAUGUAGAGGAGUCUUCUGAUUCUCCUGCUAAAAAUGGAGAGAGAGAAGAAAAGGGUGCUCUAGCUACCCAUAAAGAUAAUAAUGAUGUUGUCUUGCGUGAAGAUCUUAAGGCAGUUUUUGGAAAAUUUGGUGAUGUCAAGUUUGUGGAUUUCAAAAUGGGAGCGGAGACGGGAUACCUUAGGUUUGAUGAACCAGAAGCAUCUCAGAAAGCCCGUGCAGCAGCAGUAUUAGCCAAAGAAGGUGGACUAGCCGUGAAGAAUUUUAUCGCUGUCCUUGAACCUGUAACCGGCGAAGCUGAAAAGGAGUACUGGGGUCUCCUUCGCAGCAAAGAUCGGUUUGACAAAGGUGGCCGUGGAGGAAGGGGAGGAAAACGAGGAGGGAGGUUUGGGCGAAAGAGGGGAUCUGAUUCCCCGAGUGGUCGCUGGAACAAAGCUCAGAAGGUGGAAGCAUAAUCACACACACACUUUCUAUCUGCUCUGUCUCUCUUUAGCUCGUGACUUGUUGCUUCUGCUUUUAAUAUAUCUCUAGUUGCGACUUUAUUUUAUUUUAUGUAUACCUUUAUCAUCUUCUUGCGACUCCUGUGAUGUUAUAACUAGAAAUCAGCAAGCAAGUUAUAGUAGUUGCUGGUUUUUGGCAAAUUUUGGUUUAGAUCAUAUUUGGUUUCGUUUUCACUAUUUUUUUUUUUUUAAAGGAAGGAGCAGUUGUAGCUCUCUUCUUUUGUUA